UAAUAAAUUUAUUUAGUAAAUACAUAACAUGUUAAACGUAGUGAAGUCAAACAGAUUUUUCUAUAAUAGUUCAUUCGUUUUAUACUUACCGCGUUUAAGAAGGUACACAUCAACCCGCCGAUCAACCAUUUUUGCAUUAUCAUCAGGUACGAGUCGAAGUGCAAUUUCUGUAAUAAGAAUAUCUGGACCAAGCAGCGUAGACGUCAUCUGUAAGAUGACGAAACUGAACAAAGAAAAAAUUAUUCCAAGGAAAGCAUCGCUACGAAAAAUAGUAGAUCCAAACAAUGGGGAACUGUUGGAUAAUGGUCUUGUGCUCUGGUUCCCCCAGCCACAUAGUUUUACAGGAGAAGAUUCUGUAGAGCUACAUGUUCAUGGUGGCAUUGCUGUUGUAUCGUCUAUAAUCAAUGCGCUACAGAAAUUACCUGGAUUCCGAAUUGCUGAGGCAGGAGAGUUUACAAAAAGAGCAUAUCUAGCAGGAAAACUUGAUGCAACAGAAGUAGAAGGCCUGGCAGAUUUGUUACGGGCUGAGACUGAAACACAGAGGCGCCAAGCCAUAAGACAGGCUACGGGAGAGCUAGCAGGGUUGUAUAAUGAAUGGAGGACUUGCAUUCUCUCUUGUAUGGCACAUUUGGAAGCUUAUGUUGAUUUUGGAGAGGAUCAGGAUAUUGGACAUGAAGUACUAAGCUCCCUUCAGCAUUCAAUCCAAUCUUUGAAAUCUGAGGUGAGCAGCCAUUUGAAUGACAACAGAAGGGGAGAGAGACUACGAAACGGAGUAAGGGUAGCAAUUAUCGGUGAACCUAACGUCGGAAAAUCAUCUUUAAUCAAUAUACUGAGUCGAAGGAAUGUUGCCAUCGUAUCUCCAUACGCCGGGACCACGCGUGACAUUCUAGAAAUUUCAUUAGACAUAGGCGGCUUCCCGAUCGUUUUGUGCGAUACAGCCGGGUUGAGGCAUUCAACUGAUCCUGUGGAAAACGAAGGACUAAAACGAGCAAGAGAGGCAGCUUCUACGGCCGAUUUGGUGAUUAUUGUUAUGGAUGCUUCCAGAGGACCAGCCAAACUAUUGCAGCUGUCAACUAAAGAAAUGGCCCGUCUCGAAUGUGAACGUCUCAACCUAUCAUUCAAUGCCGAAGGGAAUUACCUCGUCCUGUUAAAUAAACUCGAUCUCACUUCAUCCAGCGUGUCAAUCAUCCAGUCAGGUGUGCCAGCUAUUUCGUGCAAGACUGAACAGGGUCUCGAAGAAUUCCUAGCCGAUUUGGAAAGAAAAUUAGCCGAACUGUGCGCCAAUCCGAUGCAGGAAGCUCCACUGAUCACAAGUUCCAGGCAACGCCAUCACGUCCAAGUCGCGUUUAAACAUUUAGAGAAAUUCCUGGACAUUGUCGAGCAGCAAGGCGAUCUUGCGCUGGCCGGCGAACAGCUGCGCCGAUCGGCCAGACAGAUAGGCGCCAUCACGGCACGAGGCAAGAUAGACACGGAAGAAAUGCUGGACGUACUCUUUCGAUCGUUUUGUAUUGGAAAGUAGCUGCACAAGAACA